AUGAAAAUCUCGCCUACUCCUUCAUCCUGGGGUGCUUCCCUCAGGCUUCCCAGCACGCUCGGCCACGGCGGAGAAGAAGGCGUGGAAGACCAUCCUGUGGAGGUGGAGGUGGAUCCGAUGCAGAAUGGGCUCGCCGAGUUGCGUGCCUCCAUCCGAUGCGCCACCGACGGUCUCGUUCUCUUCCAGGAGUGCGACUCGGACGCCACGGUCGCAGCGUCGUUUUCACGCCAUUCUUCCACAAAUAAUAGCUCAUUCCCUCCGACAGUCGGCGAGAACAUCCCACGAAUCCGCUUCAGUUUCUCCUUCUCCUACUCACUCGCAAUUUCAACUUCCUCAACCAGCGAUUUCCCGACGACAACCCUCCUCACGACAUGA